UAUGGGUACCUUUAAAUCAUUUGGCUACCAAAUUUUGAUGUCACUUUCUUACAAAGUUAUGCUAAGUGGGUAUGCGCCGAAAUUCCACUCUAGCCAGAUAGCCCUAGCUCUAAUUGUAUGAUUUUGUUGCCAGUUUACAAGCUGGACAACUUGAAAGCGUGAACAGGCCUGCACAACAACAGGAACAUCUGCCAGUGUCUGUUGGUCAUUGUUAAAAUCAGCUGCGCGUCUUUUACCAGAUAUACGUUUCUACGGCUGUUAGUGUGAAGCAGAGCCAUGGCUCUGGUGUGAAGAUACAAAGUUUUGGAGUGACGAUUAUUCUAUCAAAUUUAUCACAUGUGCAGGUCAGCUGAAAUGCCGUUGAUUGGGUAAGAUGUCUGGGACAGAACAUUUGGCAACGAAGUGCGAGAAGCAACACUUGUGAGCAAACCCCUGUUUAACAACCAACUUAUCCACAACAACAACAAAGUUCUGUCAUCACACGCCACACCAUGGAGGAAGAAGGUGGAGGAGGAGGAACUCCAGUGGAGGCAGAGAAUGUGGAAAGUGACCAGUUCAAGGCUCAGGACUAUGCCGCAGAGGCCAUGGCUGCAGACAUGGACCCCUGGAUCAAAUUCGACGCCCGCAAGACGCCCCGGGCCGAGUUCGACGGCUGGAUGGAGUCCUACCGGCCCUCUCAGGUGUCUCGUUAUGACGAGGAGGAGGGCGGCCGGGGCCCCGUGGGCUGGAUCGCGGUGUACUCCCCCGAGUUCUCCCCGGAUGUUGGGGACGUGGUGGGCCUGCAGGAGAGCUGGGACAGGCUGUUGGCCAGCGGCCGGCCAGUGGCCUUCCAGACCGUGAAGGAACUGGCGCUGAACCACGGCGUGCUGUCGGGCAAGUGGCUGAUGCACCUGGACUCAGGAUUCAAGGUGGACCACGCCUGGGAGUGCGUGGCGCGCGCCGUCCUAGAGGGCAAGGCACGGUCGGCGAAAGUCAGCCCCCGCGACUCGAAGAACGACAGCAAGCACAUCAUCUGUGUGUACAACGAUUCGUUUGUGGACGAGGAGCAGGUGAUGAGGCUGGAUGCCGUGAUCCGGGCAGCGGGGGUCAAAUGCCCGCUGUCGUACAAGCCCGACGUCUACACCUACCUGGGUAUUUACCGCAAUAACCGCUGGAAGCUGUGCCCCACUAUCUACGAGAGCAAGUACAAUCUGGAGUGCGUCCCCCGCCGCUCGCAUAUCCUCAACAAAGUCACCAACCAGGAGGUCACGUAGCCGGACCAUAUCACCACACCACCACCCCCUCCCCCGCUCCCUGUACUUCCUUGUCCCCAACUCUUGCACAUCAUAAACAGUCACAUGCACACACGCACACCAACACACUCCUGUCCCCUCUCCUGUACCCAUUUACGAUGUAAGUUUCUUGACUUCCUAAUUGACAAUGAUUGCUUCUUGCGACGUUUGACUUGUGACUUUUUAUUUGUUGUCAUUAACAAAGCCACCAACCACGGGUGGGUCCGUUUCUCGAUAACACAUUGCUAACAUUGCGAGCAAACUUACUUAGCUGCAAUGCAAUUUACCAUUGGCAACCUAUGUAAGUUGCUAACUGGUUAGGGACAAUGCUUUCCGGAAACGGGGUACGGGAGGCCACGUACUGUAGCUGCCGCCCAUCCUGUUGCCCCACACCCCCACCCCCACGUCUAAUUCUUGCACCCAAAUGUGACACAAGACUGUCCCCUCCCCAAAUCUUGACAUCAUAGACUUUUGACUUUCUGAGCAGAUGAUGGUUGCUUGUUGCAGUGUUUUUAAAUGUUCUUCAGCAAGGCGGAGCAAAGCAGAUUGAUUGAUUAUGGGUUUUGCCAAUCAUGAGCACUUCAAGUGUCAGGUUUAGACACUUCAGUUUUUUUCUUGUCAGUGAUUAGUGAAAACUAAAGCAAUGGAAUGUUGGCAGUGAUUUUUUUUUUUUUUUACACACAAUUGUACAUUACAUUAUUGUACUUUUUUAAGUUUCAGCACAGCAAGCUGUUCGUAAGCCUUUAAAAACUGAUAGUACAUGCCAUAUCUUCCAUUGCAUUUUUGUUUGUUUAUAAUGUUCUUGUUUGUAUAACAAAGGGCAAGCGCCGUGCCAGACCCUAUUUGUUAUGCCCUUUGGGUUGUGGAAGGGCUGUUUUGUCUUGUCAAGUGGUCCCUGGUGUGAAUGCAGUUGUGUUGCUCGAAAACUUUGUUAUAAAGCUUUGUGUGCUGUACACAGAUGCCAAAAUGAAUGUUUGCAUAGUUUUUG